AUGAUUUUAAUUUUGAUCUAGAAAAUAGCUACUUCUAUUAUAAUUUCAAUAAAGAUUUUGAUGAAGAAUUUCAAGAAAAUAAACUAAAAUAUAAGAAUUUACCUGCAAAUCAAAUCUAAGACUCAUAUAAUUUUGAAGACAAUUACUAUUUAGGCAAUUAGCACAAUAAUUACAAUAAUGAAAAUGUCUACCAAGAUCCUAAAUACUUAGCAUUUAAUUAGUAGGAUUAAGUAUUAAAUAAUUUUAAAGAAUCUAAAGACUUUAUCCCAACUUACUAAUAAUAAAAUCAGAGAAAUUAGUUUGCCUCUUUGCAAACUGGAGAACAAAUUUUCUAUGAUUCUAAGCACUCAUUAAGAAAAAUAAGCUCAAAUGAGCAAUAUUCAACAACAACUAACUACUUAAGCAGCUAAGGUGGAUUCAGCAAUUAGUAUUAACAACAGCUUUAAGCAUCUUGCUUUUCGUAAUAAGCUUAAUACUCAAGUAGUUUUAUUAAUCUUAACCAAGAAAACCAGUAAUUUUAAGACUCACAAAGUUAAUCAACAUAAAAGAAAAUAAUUGAUGAAAUAAUGA